GUAUAUAGUCAGAGGAGAGAGAGUCAGGCUUAGUUUGUUCAUAAACUCCAGUUCCUGGGCGGACCCCACACACAGCUGGAUUUGAAACAGCUGGAUCCGCCUUCCCUGCACGUUCAGCCAGGAGCCUCACAAGCCUGGGAGAUUUGGUUUGGGGAGCAAAAUAAUCAGAGACUGCCUGAACUGGUGGAGGAUGAAUUGAUCAACACUGUGAGGCUGGUUUUCCAGUUGCUGGCAGAAUCCAGAGAAUGGGUUACUGGAAGAGGCUGGGUCUGAUUUCUCUACUGUUGCUGUCCUUCCCCCACAAAGGAAUCAAGCUCAAGAAGUCCAGUAGGAGAUGCGUGCCUCACCAAGAGAAAGCCAAGCUGAGCUCAUACGUAUUCUUGGAUCUCACCGAUGGCAAACUAAGCCCAAGGAUUCCACACGUUCUGCCUGGGCACGAAGAAAUCUGAAGACCAACUUGUGUAAAUGGUGUGACUCCACCUCCCCAGCGUGCGAGGAAAAGGUGUGCUACAGCAACUGUAAUUUGAAUUCCUACUGUGAGAACCCAUAUGAAAUCUGUGUGGCCAUCUGGAAACAAGAGAAUGACAGCAUUAAGAUCACCACUCUCUGCCACAACCCACAGCUCCCAGUAGAAAAUGUAAUGGUCCCAAAUUACAACACCUCACGGUGCAUCAUGACCCAUCAGUCUAGUGAGGAAGGAAUAUUUUACAUCUGUGGUUGUGUGGAUGAACAGGAAUGCAACGAUAAACUUAUAUUUGAAAACCACACCAAUGGCUACUCCAUGCUGCAGAGCAAAGAGGUCAUUCCUGUAGCAGCCAUAAGUCUGCUUCCCCCUCUGCUCAUGGCUGUCAUGAUAACGGUGACAUUUUACCUCUGCCGCACCCAGAAACGGAGAAAGAGAGCCAAGGACUGGGGCCAGAAGCACCCACAGCCCCAGGCUUUGCCCGAGCCAGGGAAAGCUGCUGAGGAUGAUGAGAAGUUAUCUGUGAUGACCGACGACCGUCACUCCCGCAUGAGCUUGACCUGUGCCAACAGUAUCAACCACAACACCGAGCUGUUACCCAUUGAGCUGGACGAGGUAGUGGGGAAAGGUCAGUUUGCCAAGGUCUGGAGGGCAAAGCUGAACCACACCACUUCGGGGCAAUACGAGACCGUAGCUGUUAAGAUUUUCCCAUGUGAGGAAUAUUCCUCUUGGAAAAAUGAAAGCCAGAUCUUUACAGAUGCCAGCCUCAAGCAUGAGAGCAUCCUGCAGUUCCUCACAGCAGAGGACAGGGGAUCUGGGCCACGGAAGGAAUACUGGCUCAUCACUGCCUACCACAGCAGGGGGAACCUGAAGGACUAUCUGUCCCGGCACAUUCUGAGCUGGAUGGACUUACAAAAAAUGGCCAGCUCUCUGGUGAACGGCGUGGCUCACCUGCACAGCGACUACACUGCCUGCGGCAGGCCAAAGAUCCCCAUCGCUCACCGGGAUAUCAAAAGCACCAACAUCCUGGUGAAGAGUGAGUGGGAGUGUGUGAUCUGUGAUUUCGGCAUUGCUCUAAGGCUAGACCCUUCCUUAACAGCAGAUGACUUUGCUAACAGUGGGCAGGUCGGCACUGCCAGGUAUAUGGCUCCUGAGGUUCUAGAGUCUAGAGUGAAUCUGGAAGACCUGGAGUCCUUCAAACAAAUGGAUGUCUACUCCAUGGCCUUGGUUUUAUGGGAAAUGGCCUCCAGGUGCGAGGCUGUAGGAGAAGUAAAGAGUUAUGAGCUACCAUUUGGAUCGAAAGUCCAAGAGCAACCCUGUGUGGAUACCAUGAGAGACAUUGUGCUGCAUGGCAGAGGGCGCCCAGAGAUACCUUGCAACUGGCUGGUGCAUCAGGGAAUGCACUUUCUGUGUGACACCAUCACGGAGUGCUGGGACCAUGAUCCCGAGGCUCGCCUUACAGCCCACUGCGUGGCAGAGCGAUUCAAUCUGAUGGCACAAACGGACUGUGAUGACAUCCUCAACAACAAUACAGACAAUGAAGGAAGGAAAACAGCCCACCCAAGCGGAGAACAUCAAACUAGUGACGGGAAUAGAAAUAUCCAGUGAUGGGAAGAAACAAAAGCCUUGUACCAAAAAGAAACUAGGAGAUAAAAGAAACAUGUGGCUCUAAAAAGACCUCAGAUCAUUUUCUGAACGAGAACUAAGAGUCUAUAAUUUAUUUAUCAGACCUUUCACCCCAUUAGGUACAAUGCAAAGAGCUCUGGGAUCAAUACUUUGGCUCAAGUGCAACACUGUAUAGAAAUGGAUAUAUUUUGUACUUAGAUGUACGACGUUAACACAUUUUCUUUAUUAUUUUAAAACUAGCACAUUUA